CGUCGUAUUCUGAAAUAUAUUCAAAAUCAUUGAGUGAUGAUGAAUCGGAUACAUAUCAAGGAAAGGAUUAUGAUAAUAAAUCUCCUUAUUAUAUUUAUUCACAUCUUCUAAAAAUAAUAAUAAAAAAGAAUAAAUUUAAUGGAGAUAAGAAACUCAUAUAUGAAUAUGCUAAUGGACAUCCAAAAAGUUCAUAUACAUAUGAUACAUUUUUUAAUAGAGUAUUAUCGUUUAGUGAUGGUCUGAAUACAUAUGACGGUACAGGAAUACAAGUAAAAAAAUAUAAUGAGGAACAAAAUGAUGGUAUGUUUAGAUUGUUAGGUCUAUAUGGUAGUAAUUCAGCAAAUUGGAUAACAGCAGAUAUUUCGUGCAUGUUAAGUGGUGUUACGACUGUAGUUAUGCAUUCUAAAUUUAGCUUGAACGAAAUAGUAGAUAUUUUGAAUGAAGUAAAAUUAGAAUGGCUCUGUUUAGAUUUAGAUUUUGUAGAGAAUUUACUAUCUCUUAAGAGUAGUCUACCACAUUUAAAAAAAUUGAUCAUUCUAGACACGUUUAUAAAUCCAUCCAUUUGUAAUACAAAGGGGGUAAAAUCAAAAUAUGUUGAUGAAGGGAAAGAUGUAGGUAAUAAUGACGAAAAGGAAGAAAAAGAAGUACAGAAAGGAGAAGCCGAAGAAGAGGAUGAAGAUGGUAACGAUGAUGAAGAUGAUGAAGAUGGUGACGAUGAUGAAGAUGAUGAAAAUGAUGAAGAUGAUGAAAAUGAUGAAAAUGAUGAAAAUGAAGAAGAUGACGAAAAAGGAGAUAACAUCAAAGAUGAUUAUUUAUAUAAAAAACAAAAUGAAAUUCCCAAUGAAGAUAUUGUAGAAGAACAAGGAGAAGGUGAAGACAAAAGAAAUGUACACCAAACAGUACAACCUAAACCUUAUGGUGCUAAUACAAAACAAUACUUAAAAAAAAAAAAAAAAAAAAAAAGUACAGAAAAUCUUGAAGAAAGAAAAAAAUCAAAUAUGAAACGCAAAGAAUCUAAAUGGAUUAAGAAACAUAUGUACCCAAAACUUAUAUAUGAAAAUAUAGAUUUGGAAGAUAUUUGUGAAGAUGAAAAAAAAAAGAUUGAAAAAUUAAAAUAUUUAAAAGAAGAAGCAAAAAAGUAUGGAAUUCAAAUAAUACAAUUUAAUGAAAUGUUAAUAAAUAAAAAUAAUAAUAUGUUAACAUAUAAUAUACAAAAUGAUAAAGAAAAUUUCAUAUAUACUAUUGUAUAUACAUCUGGUACAUCUGGUAGACCUAAAGGUGUAAUGAUAUCAAAUAAAAAUAUAUAUUAUACGGUAAUACCUUUAAGUAAACAUUCUGUAUUUACAUAUAAUGUUGAUACACAUCUUUCGUAUUUACCUUUAUCACAUAUAUAUGAAAGGGUUAAUAUAUACUUAUGUUUUGUAUUAACAGUUGAAAUACAUAUAUGGAGUAAAAAUUUAAAUUAUUUUAGCUCAGAUAUUCUUGUAUCUAAAUCAUCAUUUUUAGUUGGUGUACCAAAAGUAUUUAAUAGAAUAUAUAACAAUGUCAUAACAGAAAUUGGGAAAUUAUCAUUUUUAAAAAAAUUUUUUGUAGAGAAGAUCUUGUCGUUAAAACGAUCUAAUAUGAAUGGAAAGUUUAGUAAAUUUAUUGAAGCAAUAACAAAUAUAUCAAAAAAAAUAAGAAGUAAAAUUAACCCUAAUUUAAAUACGUUUAUAACAGGUGGAGGUAAAACAUCAACUAAAGUUAUAAGCGAAUUAUCUCUUCUAUUGAAUGUAAGUAUACAACAGGGUUAUGGAUUAACUGAAACGACCGGACCAUUAUUUGUUCAACAUAGAAAAGAUAAAGAUCCUGAAAGUACCGGAGGACCCUUAUCACCACAUGUGUUAUAUAAGGUACAAACAUGGGAAAUAUAUAAUGCAAAGGAUAUUUUACCAAGAGGAGAAUUAUUAGUAAAAGGAGAUUGUAUAUUUCAUGGAUAUUUCACACAUAAAGAUAUUACAGAUAAUUCAUUUACAGAAGAUAAAUUUUUUAAAACAGGAGAUAUAGUACAAAUAAAUAAAAACGGAUCUUUAACAUUUUUAGAUAGAUCAAAAGGAUUAUUAAAAUUAGCACAAGGAGAAUAUAUUCAGACAGAUAUGUUAAAUAAUCUUUAUUCAGAAAUACCAUUCAUUAAUCAUUGUAUUGUUUAUGCAGAUGAGACACUAAGCGGACCUAUAGCCGUUGUAUCUAUUGACAAAGAAUUAUUUAUAAAACAUUUGUUAGAAGAUAAUAUAAUAAGUGAUGUUGGUACAAUAGAAGAAGAAUUCUUAGAAGCUAUUGAUGAUGAACAAAUUAACUCAGAUGUAUAUGUUAAUUAUGUUAAACAAAAAAUGUUAGAAGCAUAUAAAAAAACAAAUCUAAAUGGAUAUAAUAUUAUUAAUCAUAUAUAUCUAACUGUAAAGGUAUGGGACACUUCUAAUUAUCUUACACCUACCUUUAAAAUUAAAAGAUUUCAUGUCUUUAGAGAUUAUGCCUUUUUUAUUGAUGACAUCAAAAAAUUGUAUUCUUCCAAGUAG